AUGUCACAACAAACCUUUAAUAAGGAUCAUUUAAGCAAGAAAGACGGCAAUUUGUACAUCACUUGUAAAGAGUCGGGAUGGAACAAAGACUGUGUUCUGACCAAAGAAUACUUUAGCACAAAUACAGCAUACACUUUACUCAAAAACAGAGUUGAAAAGUACCCCAACGAAAACCUUUUUGGUUACCGAACUAAGACCGAUGGCAAGUGGAGUGACUACAACUGGAUAUCCAGUGUUGUUGGGUUGGAGCUGGUCGAUGCAUUGGGGAGCGCAUUAGUGACCAAACUGAACAUUAAAAAGGGUGAGAAGUGUGGUAUCAUGACGCACAACAGGUAUGAGUGGUUUAUUGCUCAACAUGCUAUGCAGAGACAAGGGAUUGUCCCAAUCUUUCUAUACCCAACACUGGGCUUAGAGUCCUUGGACUAUAUAGUGAAGUUGUUAAACUUAAAGUACCUGUUUUGUGGCACGCCUGCAAAGACUGGCGUUGAAAUUAUAGGACUCAAUGAAAAACUUGGGUUGAUCACAUUUGAUGAUACCGAUGAUAUCCCACAAACCAUUAAACACUAUAACUACUCCGAGUUACUCAAUUAUGGUCGAGAAAAUCCCGUUGAGCCCGAUUUGCCAACACCAGACGACAUCUUUACAAUCGUAUUCACUUCGGGUACAAGCGGAACACCAAAAGGUGUGGUACACACAUUCAAAUCAGUUGGAAACGCAGUGUACAGUUUCACCACUGCUAACUGCUUUGAUCCAGUCAAUUGCAUGCUUUCGAAAAUCAACUACUGUUACCUCCCAUCUGCUCAUGUAUUCGACAAUGAAAUUGUUCUCUCCUUUGUGUACGGAUAUGGUUCGGUUGGAUUUAACUCUGCUGGAGUGACUUCUGUUGUCGACGACUUACAAAAACUCCACCCAACAUUUUUGAUUGCAGUUCCAAGAGUACUUCAAAAGAUCUAUGACAAGUUUGUCGAGACUGUCUCUGCGUCAUGUAUCGCAAACACUUUAUUCCACGUAGCUUACCACUACAAGAAGAAUGCAGUGUACAACAAAUCAUACACUUUAAUCAACUGGGACACGUUACUCUUCAAUAAAGUAAAGGCGAUGUUUGGUGGUAAAUUGGAGAUCAUAUUGAAUGGGAGCGCACCAUUAACAUCAGAACUGUACGACUGGCUUCGUAUAUGCACCGGCGCACAGAUUUUCCAAGGCUACGGUUUGACAGAGUCUUUUGGUGGAUUCUGUACAGCAGCCCCUGGCCUUCACGACGAUAAUCAAACAUCAGUUGGAUCACCAUGUUUAUAUGUGACAAUGAGACUUGUGAGUAUUCCAGACAUGGAGUACUCUGUCGACUCUGAGAUGCCUGCAGGUGAAAUUCAGGUGAAAGCCGACCAAAUUUUUAAAGAAUAUUAUAACGACGAGACACAGACAAAAUCAGUCUUUACCGAAGAUGGCUAUUUCUGCACAGGAGAUAUCGGAAGAAUCAAUGCAGAUGGUUCACUCUCAAUUGUCGACAGAAAGAAGAACUUAUUCAAACUGGCACAAGGAGAGUAUGUUGCUGUCGAACCACUUGAAUACACAUAUGGGCUCUCUCAUUACGUCUCACAAUGUUUUAUCUACGGAGAAAGCACAGACACAUUCAUCACCGCCAUCGUUGUUCCUGAAAUCAAGGACUUCGCCGAAUUCAUUAAGACUAAGUUCAACUUUGAAGGUACUAAAGAAGAACUCCAAGAGUUUGCAAAUACCUCCGCACCAAGAGAAAUGUUCAGACAAGAGCUUGAGAAGCACGCCAGAAGUAAAGGUGUUCCUGGGUAUGAGGUCGUAAGAAACAUUUAUGUUGAGAUGACUCCGUUCUCCGAAGAAAACAAAAUGCUCACUCCCUCUUUCAAACUUAGAAGACCACAAAUCAAAAAGGCAUAUAGCGAAAUACUCAAGAAGAUUAGAAACGAAGUGCUUUAA